UAAAUUAAAUCCCCAAUGUCAUUGUCACACUACAUUGCAGAGACAAGGCACCAAAAACAGAGCAACUCCUUCGAGCAGAAGGUGUUCCUCAUUGCAAUCAACCAUUUCGCAUCAUAUUCAUCAAUGUCGUUUUGGACCCUAUUCUUCGUGGCUCUGGUGCCGGUUAUGGAGACCCUCUUGAUUACUCUCCUUGGUUUAUUCAUUGCCACAGAACGCUUUAAUCUCCUCAGAAGUGCUGAUGCAAGAAAUUGUUUGAACAAUCUUUUGUUUUACAUAUUCACUCCGGCACUCCUCGUUGCUGAUUUAGCUGAAUCGAUUACGUUUGAACGAAUGGUUGAAAUGUGGUUUAUGGUGGUGAAUAUAUUUUUAACAUUCUUGGUUGGCUCUAUUCUGGGUUGGAUGCUUAAUAAACUUGCCAAAACCCCUGAACACUUACGUGGCCUUGUCAAUGGUUGUUGCGCUACUGGGAAUUUGGGAAAUUUGCUUCUUAUUAUUGUCCCUGCAGUUUGUGAGGAGAGCAGUAGCAUAUUUGGAGAUUCAUCCACCUGCUCGACUUAUGGAGAUGCUUAUGCAGCAAUAUCAACAGGAGUAGGUACAGCUUUUAUAUGGUCAUAUUUGUUAAUCAUCAUGGGUCCAAGUAAAGAUAAAAGCACUCAAAAUGAGAAUUCUAGUGACACCACAACCAGUGCAAUUUAUUCUGCUGGAACUUUGGAAGAACUUCCGGCAAAUAUCACAGAACCAUUACUUACUUCAACUGAGUCUGUGAGCAUUGACAACCUUCCAGUUCAUCUUCAAUCACCAUCAGACAGAAAUGGGAGAAAGAUGCGAAUCUUGGAUUAUAUCACAUAUCCCAUUACAAAAUGCAUGGGAUGUGUCAAACUAGAAUUGGUGUUUACACCAUCAACAAUUGCAGUGAUUAUUGGAUUUGCCAUUGGAGCAAUUUCUCCAAUUCAAAAGCUCAUGGUUGGUGACAAUGCUCCCCUUCGUGUGAUCAUUUCUUCGGCAUCUUUAGUGGGGGGUGGUAUGAUUGUGUCUACGACUUUGAUAGUUGGAGCAAAUCUUCUUGAUGGUUUAAAGAAGUCAGGAAUAAGCUUUUACUUGAUUAUGGGGAUUAUGGUAGUGCGAUUUAUAAUUUCACCUCUCUUGGGUAUUUUGAUUGUUAAAGCUGCAUAUUAUUGGGGAUUCGUAGGAUCAUAUUCAUUAUAUCAAUUUGUUCUUAUGCUUCAAUAUGCGCUUCCACCAGCAACCACCGCAGGUUCCGUUGCCCAAUUGCAUGGGGUUGGUGAGAGCGAAUGUUCUCUUAUCAUGUUAUGGUCAUAUGCUGUUGCUACAUUUAGUCUCACGUUGUGGUGCACCUUCUUCAUGUGGAUGCUUGAGUGACUUCCAUGUUUCAAAUUUUGGGUUUCUCUUACAAAACGGGAAUAUCCUUUACAAUGUCUACAUAUCAUCAAUUGUUUUUGAAGAAUAGAAAAAUGAGUUGUAAUUAUUCCAUAAUAAUUUGAAGCACAUUUUCAAAAGUAUUUAUUAUUAUUAUUUUUUAUGUUUGGGUUUCA